AUGUUUAGCAAAAACAACAACACAUACCUCCCCUUCCCCCACCCCUCCUCCUCCUCCUCCUCCUCCACCGCCAUCGACACAACCGGAUUCGAAAUCUUCCUCCACCACCAUCCGGAAUUCUUCUCCGGCCACCACCACCACCACCACCACCCGGCUGCCACCUCUGGCCUCCUCGCCACCGGCGACCGCCACCCGUCCCCUCAGCCGAUCAAAAAACAAACGGCGAAAAAAGAUCGGCACAGCAAGAUAUACACUUCCCAGGGCCCACGCGACCGGCGGGUCCGCCUCUCGAUUGGCAUAGCCCGCAAAUUCUUCGACCUCCAAGAGACACUCGGCUUCGACAAGCCCAGCAAGACCCUCGACUGGCUCCUCACCAACUCCAAGGCCGCCAUAAAUGACCUCAACGUCCCCAAUCCUCCCGAGCCAGAGCCGAGGGGCAAAUCGGGAAACAACAAAAACAAGGAUCUGGCUAAAGAGUCAAGGGCCAAGGCUCGGGCCAGGGCUAGGGAGAGGACCCGCGAGAAAAUGUGCGUCAAACAAAUAUGCGGUGAGGAUGUGAACAAGAACGACGAGCCGUGUUUGGAUCACGAGGAGGAGAAGCGGAAGUCGUUUUUCGGGUUUCAUCAUCAGCAAAAUUACGGGGCCCACAUCCCGAUCCCAGCCGAGAAUUGGGAUGCUUUGGCUUCGCAUUCUAACCUUUGCGCGGUUUUGGACCAGCACAAGUUCUUCAUGAACAGGUAA